AGGUGCGUCUCAGACACCGGAGGCUCCGAGGAGGGACGAGUCGGACUCAACGCGUCAAACUCUGAUUGUUCUGGACGCGCGAAAGAAACAAGGAUUAACUGUUUUUACCGCUACAUGGAGAGUUAUUUUAUUUUUUAGGAUAAACACAUAAAGAGACAGGUCAUCUGAGCUCCCAGAGUCCUUUUGGCCACGAUGAGUUGGGGUGCUCUCUAUGCCCAGCUGGGCGGUGUCAACAAACAUUCCACCAGUCUGGGGAAAAUAUGGCUUUCCGUCCUGUUCAUUUUUCGCAUCACCAUCCUGGUUCUGGCUGCUGAGAGCGUCUGGGGCGACGAGCAGUCCGACUUCACCUGCAACACGCAGCAGCCCGGAUGCAAAAACGUCUGCUAUGACCACUUCUUCCCUGUAUCACACAUCCGCCUCUGGUGUUUGCAGCUCAUCUUUGUCUCGACGCCGGCCCUGUUGGUAGCCAUGCAUGUUGCCUACAGAAAACGUGGCGAUAAGAGGACCAUGCUGGCCUCCAAUGGCACCGAGAAGAUGACGGACACGGACCUGGAGACGCUGAAGAAAAGGCGUCUGCCCAUCACAGGUCCGCUGUGGUGGACCUACACCUGUAGCUUGUUCUUCAGGCUCAUCUUUGAAGGCGGCUUCAUGUACGCCCUCUACUUUGUGUACGACGGCUUCCAGAUGCCCCGACUGGUGAAGUGCGAGCAGUGGCCCUGCCCCAACAAGGUGGACUGCUUCAUCUCUAGGCCGACGGAGAAGACGGUCUUCACCAUCUUUAUGGUGUCGUCGUCGGCCAUCUGCAUGGUGCUGAACGUGGCCGAGCUGGGAUACCUCAUCGUCAAGGCACUCUUGAGGUGCUCGUCCAGGUCGAACAAGAGGAAACACGUCUACACAGAAAGCGUGACGAGGGAUAACAAGAAGAACGAGAUGCUGCUUUCGUCCUCCACAGAUACAUCCAGCAACAAGACGAUGUGCUGAGGAACAAUGAGUGGAACCAAAGGAGGAGGAGCAGGCACAAACUGUAGCUCCAAACAGACAGUUUGUGUCUUCAGUCAGGCUUUAAUGGUGAAACAGCUCAGAGUUUGUGGGAACUUGAAAAACAGAAAUUAGCUCAGCUAGACAGCACUGUCUCUAGUUGGACUGGCCCGAGUAUGUGCAUAUUUGCUUUAAAGAAGGUGAUGCAUCCAUAAAUUUUCAAUUGAAGGCCGUCUAGUGUUCUUUAUAAAUGUAUGUUUUUAAAUCUGGUCGAGUUCCCACCAGUGAGUGUUACUUUGAAACACCAGAUAGCAGACAGAAAAAUCACAAGUGUCACCUUACUAUUCACACACUGGACGGUUGAUAGUAUUUAACUGAGGUUUUAAUUUAUUGUUGACAAGUUGCUUGAAGGUAAUGGCGAGGUUUUAAGAGAAGAGUAAAUCUACACUGACAUCUAGUGGUGAUACUGGAACCACCUGUGAGCACAAUUUAGUGUUAAAGAAGAGGAGGAAGAACAAAAGAAAUCACAGAGUGAAGUGCCUCUGAUUCUGUUUAGUGUUUUUAGUUUACAAGAGCUGAUUUUACAUGUGGUUGAUCUUAAAUUCAGUAACUGAUAAAACCAGAUGAGUUGUAUGAUCCUGAUGUGUUGAAUCGAGUGACUUUUUAAUUGUAUGUUUAGAAUAAAUUAAGAAGAACGUUGCGGAGAAUGAGAUUAAGAGUAAUGUAUAUACUAUGAUAAAAUCUUACACACCACAGCUCAGUGGUUUAAUAGAUUAAAUGCUGUUCAGUCACAUCAGAAUGUCUUUUGUCUUUUACCUGAACUGAGGUAUUUCUUCAAAAAAAAGUUAAACGUACUGAGAAUGUGUUGCAUAUUUUCUCACAUGUACGCCUUUUGAUAAAAAUCUAUGUUUCUACUGUAAGAGAUGUUUCUAUUCUUCUGCCAGCAAGAGCUUGAAACCUCCUCAACAGAUCUUACUGCCUAUGAGUCAAUUUUUUGCUGUGAAAGUCGAAAACAAAUGCCAAAACACAGGAGUAUUAAAUGAAAUUCCAAUUUUUAAAAAAAAUCUUUCUGGCUUAUAUUGAUUUAGAGAUAUGAGUCAAUUCAUAUUGCAUAUAUUUUUUACAGUUAUAACAUUUGUUUUUGCCUCCAAGAGUUUAUUUUAGUUUGACAACUUCCAAAACUGCUCUUCCUGACAGAUUACUAAACCAAAUAUUCAUGUAUUGUCUUCACACAAGAAUUCAAAUGAGCCUGGCAGAGGUUUUCCUUAUCCUGUUUUUUGAAACCACAAGUUGUCCUGUUCAGUCCAGACCUGCUCCUGUGUUAUGCUGGACUUGUGUUGUUGUUCUUGUGGUGUGUACUGACCCCAGCUGGCUGUAUCAGCUUUCAGCAUGUGCCUUAUUUUAGCCUCCACACUAAUCGCUGCUCGCCCUCCUAAUGUGAGGAACCACUGCCUGAUCCUGAAGCAAAAAUGUCUUUGUCCUCCCUCCAUCCAGGAAUAGCCGAGUUGGAUUAGUUGCAUCUGAUCCAAGCAAAAUUCACCUUGUGCUGGCAGGGAAUAGUGAUUUUCUGAUUAGAAGAAAAAACCUGCUAAGCCGGACAAUCAAUUAGAUGUGCCAAUUCCAAAAUUCUAAAAAGAAAAGCUGGGUGAGUUGUAUAUUGACAACUGAUGCAGCUGAUUGUGUGGAACUUUUCAGCAGGCGACCAAAGACAAUAAGACAUGUAAAAUCACAGAAAAAAGCACUCUGAAAGCCUCUGUUUGAUUUAUAAUAACUUGUUUUGUAUGUCUUGUAUACAUUGACCUUUGAACUCUUGCUUUUCCUAACAGCCAAAUGACAUUUUGAUGUUUGUGAUAGCAAAAGAUGGACGUUGUCAUUUAAGGGAUGGUCCUGAUCAUUCCAGUUUGAAGAUGUUGUAGUUUUUAACAUUUUUCUAUUCCGUUUUUUUUCCCCCACAAUCUAAUUUUUUAAUAGCCAGCAAACAACAUACUAACAAACAAACAGCUGAAUAAAUGAAAUGUGUGUGAUUGUGUUUUGUACCUAAGAUGUUUUUACUACACUCGCACUUUGAUCCUUUAAUUUGUUAUUGAGAAAUUUUUAAUAAAUCAGUAAAAAGCAAAA